AUGAAUGCAGGUAUGUUGACAGCACCGUCUGCACCGACAUUUCAUCGUCUACCUCAGACUCCCGUGGCAGCGGCCAGAGUGGAACACCAGGCGUUGCGAUGGUGGCACACACCUGCCGUGUCUUUUCUGGCUUCACUGACCCACGCAGUCUGGUCCAAAGGCUUGCAUCGACGGUCUGCUGGUAUCGCGCGCAUGGGCGCUAACACUGAGUUGAGAGAUUUCCUGAUGGGCAACUCGCCUGCCGCAGCCCCGAAGUCCGCCACAACAGGAUUGGAGACAGCCAAGCAGCAGACCAAGCAGCAGACCAAGCAGCAGGCCAAGCAGCAGGCCAAGCAGCACCUCAAGGAUGCAUUGUUGCAGCCGGCAGAAGGCCAACGGAAAGAUGCAAGCCCGAAAUGGGCAAAGCUCUUGGACGCAUUCGGGAAUGUGGACAAGAAUGGAGAUGGCCAUAUCACCAAGGAGGAGCUGCUCAAAGCUGUCCAGGGCCAUGGGGUGACCAAAGAGGAGAUUGCAGAGGCACUGGACGGCUGCGACCUGGAUCAUGAUGGUGAAAUCAACUAUGCCGAAUUCAUGAAGAAGGACAAAGUUCCUUUCAAGCACGCGCGCUGUGUGCUUGCAGGCAACGCAAAACUGGGCAGGUCUGGUCUGAGCCCGGGCAACGUGAAAUGCGUGAAGAGCGACCAAGCGACGGAAUCCAAGCCGGGAGGCGCCAGGAGACCGUCAGCCGGCUUUGAGGUGAUCCCGGCCGUCUGGAAAAUAGAAGACAAGAUUACCAAGAGCUCCAAGAAGACAAGAGCCCGGAAGCGGAAUUUACUGGAUGCCAAGCAUCAUGCCCGCGAAUAUCUCGACUCCUCCGACAAGACGCGAAAGUUCCCAUACUUCGUCACGAGCUUACUUGGUGCUGCGUUUUUGGUCAGUGCUCUGAAGGACCAUGCUCAAGCUGGGCAGUCCUUGGCUGUGCUGGAGCAUGGCAAGGCAGAAACCGUGGAGCUCUCUUACUCAGAGCUGAGAAGUAAUGUGCAGGCAAUCUCCGCCAGCAUCAGAGCUCUCCUGAGCAAGAAGUCGGAAGCACUGCCGAGGCAUGUGGCGUUUUUUGUUCACCCGUCUGCUGCGUACGUCGUGACUGAGCUCUCCAUCUGGGCAGCAGAUGGCGUUUGUGUGCCGCUGUCAGUGCAUUCACCAGUACCGGAGCUUGAAUACUUCGUGAAGGACAGCGAAAGUUGCCUUUGUUUGUCAGAUGCUUCGGGCGCACCGAAGAUGAAGGAAGUGGCUGGGAAGCUGUCCAGACCCUUUGCUGAAAUUGCAAAGGCGACCGAGUCUUCCAAAGCAUAUCGACUGUUGGUCGAUGGAGGUCCCGUUUCGCCUGCCGAGCAGCCCGGCUGCUUUUCUUGCUUCUGCGGUUUGUUCUCUUCACGAAGUGAUGUCUUGUCGCAGAAUGCCCUGAUUUUGUACACAUCAGGAACGACCGGACAGCCAAAAGGCGUUGUUCACACGUUCAAUAGUCUCACCGCACAAAUGCGGUCUCUCAGUGAGGCAUGGAAGUGGUCUUCCAAAGACCGAACUCUGCAUGUCCUCCCUCUCCACCAUAUUCAUGGUGUUCAGAACAUCCUGAACACGGCACUUUUCAACGGAGCAGCUGUCGAGUUGACAGCAUUCGAUGCUGCGUUUUGCCUGAAGCGCCUCGCCUCCGGAGACAUCACGUGCUUCCAUGCGGUGCCGACAGUGUAUGUCAAGUUUACACAACACUUGGAUUCGCUCCCUGCUGAUGCACGACAAGCGAUCUGCAGGGGGCUCCGGAACGACUCGAUGCGGUACAUGGUAUCCGGCUCAGCAGCGUUACCCGUGCCGACCAUGAAGUCCUGGGCAGAAAUCUCUGGCCACGUCCUUCUCGAGCGGUACGGCAUGACGGAAAUCGGCAUGGCAUUGAGCAAUCGGGUAGCUGGCACUCGCUAUCCAGGGUGUGUGGGCUGGCCGCUGCCAGGGGUGGAGGUCAAGCAGGAUCAGGCUAGCACACUCCCGAUUGAAGCACCGGCGAUUCCAGCCAAAAACCUUCAAGCAUUGAGAAUGCAAGCGUGUGCGAUGCAAGCACGUGCGAUUCAAGAGGAUCAGGUGAGGUUUCUGGUUCUUGUUUGUAGGGCUUGGAGCCCAGACAGGGCGAGGGUUUGA